AUGUGGUUUACUCAUCCGGAUUUCAUGAGUACGGUUAUGGAGAGUUGGAAUGCUCCUGUUUCGGGUUCUCCUGAUUAUAUUUAUCCGUACAAGCUUAAGAGAUUAAAGGCUUCCAUGAAGGAGUGGAAUUUUAGGUUCUUUGGUAAUGUUAAUGCUAGACUCAAACAUGCUAAAUUAACUAUGGAAGUUGCUCUUCGAAUUUCUGAUGAGGACCCGGAAGACAUAACGAAGCUGAAUUUUGCUAAGGAGGCUUCGGUUACACUUCAGGAAAUCCGUAUGCGUCAAUCCAUUAUGUUGAAGCAAAAAUCACGAAAUAAAUGGCUUAAGGAGGGUGCAAGUAAUACCUCUUUUUUUCAUGCCAAUAUUCAUACUCUAAGGAGCAGCAAUAUGAUUUCAGAAUUGGUGGAUGAUGAUGGGAAUGUUAUCUCUAAUUGUGACCAGAUUAGAGAUUACACGGUGUCUUAUUUUGAGUCUAAAUUUAAUGGGGUAGAACUGCCAAUUGAUGAGCAAUUAUUUCAUUAUGAGCAUGACAGUAUUUUUACGGAGGAAAGCCAUAGAAUGGAUACGAUUCCUACUUAUGAUGAAAUAAAGGCCGAUGUUUAUGAUCUUGAUGCUGAUAGUGCCCCUGGACCUGAUGGUUUCUCCGGUUGCUUUUAUAGACAUUGUUGGGACGUGAUACAAAAAGACCUUUAUAAUGCUAUUACUUAUUGUUGGAAACACCAAAGGAUUCCUAAUGGGGAACAAGUUGCUUUUAUGAAGGGAAGAAAUAUUCAUGAGAACAUUAGUGUGGCAUCGGAGAUGGUGAAUGAUCUGAAAACUAAGCGUAAAGGUGGCAAUGUGGGUCUAAAGCUGGAUAUUACUCAAGCUUUUGACACUGUUAGAUGGUCUUUUGUCUUAAAUGUGUUUCGUAGGUAUGGUUUUUCCCAACAAUGGUGUUCUUGGAUAUAUUCGUUGCUUAGCUCAGCUCGUAUUUCUAUCAUUCUCAAUGGUAGUCCGGAGGGUUUUUUCAAAACUAAUAGAGGUUUGCGUCAAGAUGAUCCUUUGUCCCCUCUUAUUUUUGUGUUGAUUGAAGAUGUUCUAAGUAGAAAUCUUACGAAACUAUUUCUUGAGAAUAAAAUGACUCCCAUGCUUUCGAAAAAAGGUAUUUAUCCUACUCAUCUCUUUUUUGCUGACGACAUAAUGAUUUUUUGCAAAAGCAACCUGAGGAGUUUGCAUAAUCUCCUUGAGUUGCUUGGGAAAUAUCAAACGGCCUUGGGCCAAACGGUUUUUCGUCAAAAGAGUAAGGUUUAUUAUGGUGGUGGAACCUUGAGUCGUUGUAGAAAUAUCACUGAUUUGCUUGGUAUGGAAGUCUCUACCUUCUCGGACAGGUAUUUGGGAGUUCAAAUUAUGCCUGGAGCUGUAAAAUAUCGUCACAUUAGCAAUGUAGUUGAUAAGAUUAAAAAGAAACUCUCUGUUUGGAAAGGAAAAAUGCUCUCUUUUCAAGAUCGGGUUAUUCUUAUUAAUUCCGUGAUUUCUAGUUGUGCCAUUCACAACAUGGCUGUUUAUAAGUGGCCUCAGAAGUUCAUUCAGCAGGAAGGUGGUUUGGGAAUUACUAGAAUGGCUGUUACAAAUAGAGCGCUUCUAAUGAAAUUCUGGCUUGUGCAUACUAUUCUGGACAGAAAUACCAAGGUCCUGCUUGGUGAUGGUAGAACUACUUCACUAUACUUCGAUGUUUGGUAUGGUUAUGCAAGCAUUGCUGACAUGCUUGGUGAAAAUGAUCUUGAUGGCACUGCCAUGGUUUGUGAUGUUCUUGUUAAUAACAAUUGGCAGUUGCAGGGUAUUCACGCACAUAAUUUGGUCCGAGAUGUAUUUGACAUUCAUAACUUGCCAGUUCUACAAGGUGGAACAGAUUGCAGGGUUUGGAUGACGGGACUGGAUGGUAUCAUCCCAGUUUCUUCAGCGAAACAACUCAUAAGGAAAAAGUUCGCAGUUUUAGAGCCAAUUGAAUGUUUUUGGUCGCCUCCAGAUAGGGAUGAAAUCUUAUUGUGUUGUGACGGGGAUGCAAAGGGGAACCCUGGAGUUGCGGGUGCAGGUGUAGUAGUGCGGGAUCAUGAUUGUAAUUUUAUUGGAGCAACGAGUAUUGGCCUGGGAAGAACGAAUAACUACUUGGCGGAACUUUAUGGCAUAAUUAUUGGUUUAGAAUGGGCUUUGAAGUGGAAUGUCCGAAGAGUUUUGGUCCGUUCUGAUUCAGUCAGUGCGGUUAUGGCUUUCACGACUUCAAAUGUACCCUGGUUUGCUAGACAGAGAUGGAAAAGGAUUCAAGAGAGUUAUGAUUCAAUUCGGUUUGUGCAUACCUACCGUGAAGCAAAUUUUACAGCUGAUUGUAUGGCAAAAAGAGGGUGUCUUCUUAGGAAUGGGGAAGGGUUGAACUAUGAUGAGAGACCUUAUUUUCUUAAUUCCCUAGAAUAUCCAGAUGUUUCCUAUUUCAGAUUUAAGUAG